AGAACAAUUAUUCCUGAGCCAUCAAGAGCAAUCCUCCUCAACAUUAAUCUGCCGAGACUUACCUGAUAUUGAAACUGAAUCAAUGACCUGAAUAGAGAGGAACAUUGCCUAUUAUUACGGUAAUACCAGGACUUCCAACACCUUCCUGCCCGUCUUAAUUCAACCCGAACUACCGCGAAUAAACUGGCAAUUCGUCGAUCAUCACUUCACCCACCUGGCGGUACGAAUUACAGCCAUCCCAACUCAUCAUCACCAACACCAACCACCAAAUAACCCAUCAACCUCUUAACACCACACCUCGCCAACCACAACCCCACCAUGGCUACAGCCCUCCGCGCAACCCGCGCCCUCUUCACCGCCCUCCCCAAGACCUCUCCAAGCCCCAAGUCAACACCCACUACCACAAACCCAACCACGCCCCCAACAAUCCUCGAAGUCGAGCGUAAAUUCCGCCGCCUUACCGUCCCCACCCUCACCAACCUCACCAACCUCACCACCACCACCUUCACCACAACCCCCUCAAACCACCCCUCAAACCAGCAGCCCCAACCCUUCCACGGGCCCCAUCACCAACCCUUCCACUCCGUCCUCCCCCUCCCCACGCGCACCAUCCACGACACCUACUACGACGCGCCCCACCACGCCCUCUGCGCCGCCGGCGCCUGGGUCCGCCGCCGCGACGGCCUCUGGGAGGCCAAGCUGCGCAGGGGCGGCGAUCGUGUGAAUAGUCGGUUUGAGGAGCUUAGGGGGAGGGAGGCGGUGGGGGGUUGUGUGAGGGAGCUUUUGGGAGGCCAAGUGUUGGGUGGUGGUAAGGGGGAUGAGGACUAUGUGGUGGUGGGUAGUAUGAAGGGGGAUGGGGUGGGGGGUAGUAAACAAGAAGGGGAUGGAGUGGGGGUGGGAAGGGGGGAGUGUUUUGGGUUGGUGGUUAUGGCGGAUUUGGUUACGAAGCGGGAGGCGUGGUUGGUGGACGGGGAGUUUCGGGUGGUGAGGGAUGUGAUGGACUUUGGGCAUGAGGUCGGUGAGGUGGAGCUGCAGGUUGAGGUGGGUGGUGCUGUGGGGGAGGAGGAGAAGAGGGUGAUGAUGGAGGCGAUGGAUCGGAGGGUGGAGGGGUUCAUGGAGAGGUAUGCGUGGGCGUGGGAGAGUGGGGAGCCGGUGGGGAAGUUGACGGCUUAUUUCGAGAUGUUGAAGAGGAGGGAGGGGUGA